AUGAGAGCCGCCCUGCUAACAGCUCUCCUCCUGCUGCCCCUGGUGGCCCCGGAGUCUGAGCACUGUAUAAUCAAGCGUGGACAUGAGAAGUGCAUGGAGCGGAUGGCGGAGCAGGACCCCGCUGAAUACAUGGAUUUAGCGUGUCCGUGGAUGUGGGACAAUCUGACCUGUUGGCAGGCUGCAACCGUCGGAGAGGUGGUGGUGGUCAACUGUCCCGAACUCUUUCACGACUUCAUGAGCCCAGAAGAUGAAAUGGGAAAAGUGAGUCGUAACUGCACAGAGGAUGGCUGGUCUGAGCCUUAUCCUCAUUAUGUGGACGUCUGCUUCUUUUAUGACAACAGCACCAAACCAGACAUGUACUAUGCCUCUGUUAAAGCACUGUACACUGUGGGCUACAGCACCUCGCUGGUUUCUCUGACCACUGCUAUGGUGAUUCUCUGCAGGUUCAGGAAACUCCACUGCACCAGAAACUUCAUCCACAUGAACCUGUUUGUGUCGUUCAUCUUGAGGGCUAUCUCUGUGUUUAUAAAGGAUGGAGUGUUGUAUGCACAGGAGGACAGCGACCACUGCUUCACCAGCACUGUGGCGUGCAAAGCUGUGAUGGUUUUCUUUCAUUACUGCGUCAUGUCCAACUACUUCUGGCUCUUCAUAGAGGGCCUGUACCUGUUCACUCUGCUGGUGGAGACCUUCUUCCCUGAGAGGCGCUACUUUUACUGGUACACCAUCGUGGGAUGGGGGACCCCCACCAUCUGUGUGACUGUGUGGGCUGUGCUGCGGCUCCACUUCCAUGAUUAUGGAUGUUGGGAUACGAAUGAGCACACUGCCCUCUGGUGGGUGAUCAAAGGACCUGUUGUGGCUUCUAUUAUGAUUAAUUUUGUACUCUUCAUUGGGAUUAUCAUCAUCCUGGUUCAAAAGCUGCAGUCUCCUGACAUUGGAGGGAAUGAGUCAAGCAUUUACCUGCGCCUGGCCCGCUCUACGCUGCUGCUCAUCCCUCUGUUUGGGAUCCACUACACUGUGUUUGCCUUCUCCCCUGAAGACGUGAGCAAGAGAGAGAGACUGGUGUUUGAGCUCGGACUGGGAUCGUUCCAGGGCUUUGUUGUUGCUGUGCUUUACUGUUUCCUGAACGGAGAGGUGCAGUCGGAGAUCAAGAGGAAAUGGCGCAGCUGGACGGUGAACCGGUACUUUGCUGUGGACCUGAAGCAGCAGAGGCACCCAUCGUUGGCGAGCAGCGGAGUCAACGGGGGCACCCAGCUGUCCAUCCUGAGCAAGAGCAGCUCCCAGAUCCGCAUGUCCAGCCCCCUGGCCGAGAACGCCAACAUGAGCCUGCCGACCUGA